UAAAUCUCUCUUGUAUCCUUGGAUAUACUUAGCUCGCUUAUGAUAUAUUAAUAUCAUUAUUUUUAUCUUUAGAAUCAAUUUGUAACUACUGAUUCAACUUCAUGUUAAUGUGAUAGGAUGAUGCAUUAUGUUAAUUUCUUCUUGCAACUUUAGUAAAUUAAUUUUUUCCUAGAAUUUAUUGUUUUGUGUAAUCUUUUAAGUGUUUUGGCUUAAAGUUGUUCAUAAUAUACACACUCUUAGGAUCUGUAUGAAUAGACAAUUUAGUUGUUGGGGAAGCUUUUUGGUUUUGGUUUCUUUGUUUGAUCUUCAGUUCAUUCAUUCAUUUUAGUAUUUGUUAAGGAUUUACCAAAUUCUACGUCCUGUGUGUUAACUAUUCUUAAAGUUUUUAGUGUUGAUUUUUUUCCUUUACUCUCACCCAGAUAAUCCAGGACCUUAUAGGACAGCCAUAAUAUGAACCUGCUGGGUUCAUACUUCCUGAUUUUAUUUUUACAUAUAGAAAAAUAAACAACAUAUGUAAAUACAUAGAUAAUGAUUAUAGGACUGUUGUGUAUAUUUCACAGUAUAGUGUGAUGUAUCUUUGCAUCUGUAUGUAAAGAUAAAUAAUAUAAAUGGAUAUAGGACUGUAAUAUAUGAGCAUGAAGAUUUAUCCCUUUAAUGUGACUGAUUUGUUUGGGUUGAAUUUAAAGGUGUAUUAUUCUUACUUGAAAGGUUACUCUUGAAAACUUGCUGGAUACAACUUAAUGAAGAAAGUUGAAUACUGUUGUUCCCUGAAUAUUCAUCUUUCAUCAGACAGUUCUUAAUAUACAUUUUUUAGCCACUUUGUGGCUAAGUAUUAGCAUAAGCACUGAGGAACAAAAUGAGUAAAUCUCAGAAGUCUUUACUAUAUUAGUAAAUUCUACUAGGAAAACAUUUUAUAAGGAACCAUACAGCUGAAAUAUUACCCAUCUUAACUGAAAAUACAGUUUAACUGUAGUUAAAUAUUGUCACAGCAUGAAGUUCAAGUAAAGUAUAUUCAGCUGAUGGUUGUAUACCUUUGUGUGGAGUAGGUACAGAUCACAAUGAAGAGUUUUUUGUAAUGUAAGUUAUUCUAUGAAUAAAUUAUUCUUUUUUGCCUCAUGAAACUUCCAUGUGAACAUGGCAGUCUUGACAAAUAUUUCUGGAGCUGGUAUAUCUUAGGGGAUUCUUGUUAGUAGGCACCACUGCUGGUGUCUCUCCAUGUGACUGGAUGAGAGAAAGGCUGGUUUUCUUCUCUUUCUAGAGGUCUCGGUCCAUUCCCUGUUUUGAACCAUGUUUGUGAGGUUGAGAGAUCACCUUUCACAAAGAAUGAAGGAGUGGGGAUUGGGAGAGUAACUGCUUUUGAACCUUCUGUAGAAUCUUUUCCUUUGUGACCCUUCUGUAGAAUUUUGGCAGCUCUUAAUUUGGAAUGUGAUGUCAUGUUUGUGAACAAAGCAGUUGAUGGUUUCAGAAGGCCCAGCGCCAUAUUAUGAACUGGCAUGAAAAAUAUAUCUUCGCAUAUACUUCUCUGUGUGUGGGCACCAUAGAUUUCCUUUGAUAUCCUGUUUGAGUGCUCCUUGGAAGGCCACCAACAAAAUGGAAAUGAAAGAGGUUGCUAAAUACAAGACUCUAUGGAAAAUGAACUCAACCAGUGAACCUUUAUUUGUUACUGGCGUAAAUGGCAAUCCUUUGAAAAAAUUCACCAUUCCCAAGAUCAGGAGGACAUCUGGGAAAGUUUACUUGUCACGUUGUUACACCAAUACUAGAGAGUAUAGUUUCAUACAUGAUACUCUCAACGAGUGCCGGCUUGAUGUAAGCCGUGACCUACAGUCUUCAUGGCAGUUUGGGGAUACAAAACUGAUUCACAAUGAGGGUCUGGAAAAAAAUUUUACUUCUAAGAGGUCAGAGAUGCGUGAGAGUGGAAGGCAUGGCAGAGAACUUGAAGAACAUUUCUGCUUUUUAGCACUUCCUCAGAAGGAUGUGACUGAGAUAUAUCACAGUGGACUAAGUACCAAAGCAUCUUCGUUGAGAAUACUAGGAAACCCUCGUCUUGGAAUUUAUAUAUUUAGACAUGUUGAUGUUGCCUUGAAUUAUGCUCACAAUAGAAGCAUUACUGUAGAAAGUAUUAUCAUAUUUAAGGUUCUUUUUGGAAAAGUGAGGAAAAUUCAGCCUUCACUAGAUAAAAGCAAAGUUUCUUUGGAUCCUUCUCCUAACUUUGACUGCCAUAUGUCAAGAAAUACACCUUCUCUGAAGGAUACCAUUGAACUCCAAGCCUACAGUUCAGCAGUAUACUUGUAUGAAUAUAAUAUUCUUUCAAAGCCAGUAGAUAAACCUAGGCAGUGUCUUCCAUAUGCAAUAGUAACAGUAAAAUUUAUUGGUCAAAAAGUAGAUAAUGGACACUUCAUGACACCUUUGAGACCCCUCGCAACAGGAUUUCCUAGGAGAACUGAAAGAACAUGCUCUCUGAAUAACUGUACAGUGGCCAAAAGAAUUGGAAAAGGAAAAGAUGCUACUGUCAUCUUUGAGCAUUUCAGGAAACCUAUAGAUCCAUUUGUUCAGGAAAAGUGUUCAUGCAAUUCGUCAAAUUCAGAAAUAAAUCCUUCCAACUCAGAUAUUUCUAAUUCCUAUGGAAGUAUGCAAAAUGGAAACAUUUCUGUACUUGAAACAUACAGUGGACAUAUGGAGUACAAUUCAGCAGAAUGCAGAGACACUUCUCAGUUACCUGCAUGUGAUUCAGGCCUUUCAUUUAUUCCCAGUGAUACCAGAGAAAGUGUUAAUAAUGGUGACCUCCUAAAUGUGACAUAUCUUAAAGCUAUUUUAAGUAGUCUUGCUGCUGCUUUCCCCCUUCAUAACAAUACUGACUCAAGCACGGUUAUUACUUCAAAAUUCAUCAAAGACCCAAGACUGAUGAAGAGACAAGAAAGAAUGGGAAAACAUAAUACUGUUACAGGUUUAAGUGAGAUUUUGCCAUUUGAGAAGAGUUUAGAUUUUGUUAAUUCAGAAACAAACUUGUCAUCUAUGCCAGCUAAUCCUGCCUCCACAUCUGAAGGCAUGCCUGGUGAUCAGACUGUUGUUACUAAUUAUUUGGAUGCCUCUUGCUUCAGAAUUUCUUUGGAUGAUCCACAAACCCAGGCUCACAACCUGGGCUCUAAGACCUAUGAUUGUACAGCUCCCAAUAAAAUUACCAUGGCAGGACAAUGUGAGAACCAGGAUGAUUUUUCCUUCCCAAUGUUUUUGUCAAGUGUAGCUCCAGAAGUUGAAAUCCAAAAACACAAGGAAGAAAAAGCUCAGAGAUCCCGGCAGAGAGACACCAUCCCAUUUAUAACUGACGAAUGCAGUGAAUCACAUGACUCUUAUGAAUCAGUGAAUACUUGUACAGACAAGUACAGUGGUCCCAUCUCUCCAGAAUCACAGUUUUCUAAUUUUAAAACUGUAUAUGAGACUGGUCACCAAAUGUCUACACUUUUUCCACUCCAAAGUGAAGAAAGUGUACAUGAGUACAUUCAAAAUACUGGAAAGAUGAGAAACUUCACUGACCCAGAAGACAAUGCCAAAUAUGAAGAAAGGCAAAGUUUGUGGAAAGGAAGUGAUCAUUCUUUUACUAAUAAAAGAAAAAUCGGUCCAAUAGAUAAUUACAUUUCUUUGAACCAAGAUGACAAAGAGGUUGAGAGUCUUGAUUAUUUGCAGAAAAAUUGUGAUCAAAUAUUAAUUACUCAAGGGUUAGAAAAACCAAAAUCUUUGCCAUUUACCACAGAGGAUAAGUAUGAGCUAAGUCACCUAGCACUGGAAAUACAAAACAAUCUUACUCCAAGAGUGAAGAAAGUUCCAUCGAAGCCUCCUAAGAACUCUUUAGAGUAUAAAGAUAAUAUUCAUACAAAUUUUGCCAUUUCUCAAAAACUACUGGAGCUGAAAUUGGAAAAACCAGAUCAAAACUGUAUUAGCAUUAUGGCUGAUGCUUUCAAGGAAGCAGGAGACAUUCCCCAGACCACACAACUACCAGCUGUUACUUCAUGUCAUGAUAUUAAAACAGCUCAUAAUGCAAAUUGCAGCAUAACUAGAGAACAUCCAUGUGUUCAAAGGAGAAAUGAAUAUGAUCCAGUGUCCCUAAAAGACAUUCAAAGAGACUGCAAAGAAACAACUCUAAUUAACAAUAAAGGUCAACAUCAUACUCAGUUCUGUAUUGCACAGUUGAACAAUGGUGUGCACCUGAAUACUGAUUUCAGAGAACAAAGAGAUAAUGAUAAAGAAAACCAGAAGGAGGCUGAAAUGGAGAACAUUGCUUCAUCUAUAGGAAACAACAUAGGGGAUAUAUAUGGAGAUGAGGAGCAGAGUUUUCAGACACACAAAACAAAAAUUUUUAUCAACAUAGGUGAAAGGCAGGUGAAUAAAGAUGACAAUAGCAUUGAAAUUCUGAGUUCAGAAAAAUUUUCUCCUGCUUUUAACUUAACUAGUGGGAUAAAACAUGUAUGCACUGAGUCUGCAUCACUAGAAAGUGAAGAUCCCAUUACCAUCAUGAAAGAAAAAGAUAUUCAAAAUACUGAAAGGACUGGAGAGCAUUUGAUUUCCACAGCAUUUCUCCAAGUUGCAAGUUCUUCGUUACAUGUAGCCUCACGUGCUGCAGUUGAGAUAGCUGAUGCUGCAAUGCCUGUGGUAAGCACAAAUCCUGAAGAUCACCAAAGAUCCCAGUUUAAAGAAACUUGUUCUUCUGAGAGUCCAGAUUUUGGUUUGUUAAGCAAACCUAAGGUUUCUGCUUGUGAAAUAGAUACAGAUAAAAAUCGAUGCCACAACUCAUUUCAUCAAUCAGUAAGUGACAACUCAGUUCUUCAAAGUUUCAAAUUGGAUAAUGAGACUGAAGUACGAUCAGAAGAGAGUGAUGAUGCUUUUCCUGUGAGUAUUCCACAGGAUACUCAUAGCCCGGAAAAUGUACUUUAUGAAGAAUUCGAGGACUCCUAUGAGGCUCUGAGGUCUCGCAUCGAUUGGAACGGUCUGUUGGGAAGCAGUAAUGGGGAGGUGGAAGUGUUAGAAAGCAGCACAAGAGGUGAGGAUUGGGACCAGCAUUCCUCUGAGGAGCACAGCUGUGUGUUUUCCUCUACAGAAAAAUACAAAGCAGAGCUCGUCAAACCAAUUUUACUUCCUGAUCUGCAAGUUACGAUUACUAAUACAUUUAUGAAAGGAUUCAGUUCUACUGUUGAGUCCCUUGCAUCGAAAGAUGAUUUCUGCAAGUAUGUAACUGAAGCCACAAAAUCAGAAAUAAAUGAGAAGGAGGAAGAAGUUCUAGAAUUUGAAAUUCAUUCUCAGUGUUCUGGUGAAAAUUCAGAUCAUCCCUCUGAAGGUGAAUUUGGUAAUAUAAGGCAAGACUCUGGACUAACAAGUAAAUCUGAAACUUCACUUUCUUUUGACUUGAGUCAUAAUAUGCAUGUGAAUCACAUGUCUGAAAAACAGAACAGAUCUUUGCUAACUGAACCUUCUGAUGUCACAACAGUAAAUAACAAAAACAGAUGUUCCCUUACAAAGUCAAAAACCAGUGGUAAUGAUACUAGAAGUAAAAAGGAGACAGAAGCAAGAAUUAGCAAAAGAAAGCCUGGUACACCUUUCAGAGACCAGAACAUACCAGAUAAAAAUUUAAGACAUCACAAAAUUUGUGAGAAGAGGAGGAAGCUAACAAGUCAAGACUCAUUGGAAUGUUUUUUUUCGUUAUCCCAAGAACGAAUUAAAACCUUUUCACAGUCAGAAAAACACAUUAGAAGUGUCCUGGAUAUUCUAAAUAGUGAAGCAUCUUUAUGUAAAAGCAAACGUCUUUCCAGAAAACUUGACAGAGCCGUUCUUCAUUUAAAAAAAGCUCACAGAAGAGUUCACACGUCUUUGCAGCUGAUAACUAAAGUGGGAGAAAAAAGAAGGGGCCCUUUACCAAGAGCAUAUGCAGUAAUAUGCAAUAGUUUCUGGGAAAGUUGUGACCUUCAAGGUUAUAGUUCUCUGUCUGAAAGAAAGUAUUAUUCCACUAAACAUUUUCUGUCAAAAAGAAAAUACAAUAAACCUGGAGAGAAUAGAGCUUUGGGAUUUGAAGUUGAUAGAUCGUUAACUCAUGUAUCAAAGCACAAGUUUUAUAGAACAAGUAGAGAGAGACUCACAGAGUGCCUUUCUGAAAAUGUGUCCAGUGUCUCCAGAAGUCACACCACAGUUCACAUGAGAGAAUAUUGUGAUCAAGUAUGUCCGGAAUCACAGUUAGCCCUGUGCUCCGUGUCUGAAAGUACAAGUCAAUCAGCUUUUACUAACAGUUUGAGAAAUCCCAAAUCAUCAGAAGAAUUUCAGCCCUUUUCUAGAAAAACCGGAUGUCUCUUUUCCCCAGACUGCCCAGAUGAGAAACUAACUAAAAAAGAAAAUCGAACUGAUACAGAAUUUUCAUCUAACAUUAGUAAAUAUGAAAAACUUGAGAACCAUUCAGCACUUGAUAAUAUUAAGUAUACAACAAAAGUAAACAAUUCUGAGGCUAAAGAAAUAAUGAGUAAAAAAAAUUUGAUAUCUUUAAGUUGCAUAAAGGAAAACAACAUAAGUUUUGGUGUGGACCAAAAUUAUUAUGCAACUUGUAUAGCCCACACAAAAGUGAAAACUGACAUAGUUAUUUCUGUCUUAGAAUCAAAGGUGUGGCAUUUUUUUAACAUUGAUAUCCACAAACCAAACAACCUUAUUUUAUCUGGUUAUAAAAUAAACCUGGAGGUAAAUUUUCCUGUAGAAAAAUGGACAACUCCUAAGGAGAUCUCCAAACCAGGCAUUAUUACAGGAAACUUUCUUAUGGAUCCAUUAAGUCGAACUCUGAUAACAAGCAAAAAGUCUAACAGUAUUCCUCAGUUGCUCUCAAUUGCAGCAACAGACAGUGAGGGAGAAUUUUCAAAGUCUUCCAUGGCUGAAUGGAGCAUUACUGCUGUAGAGUUUUCAGCAGUGUCUACCAUUGCACCACACUGUGUGCAAGGGUGUGGUGGAAAUGAACUUCAAAAGACAGACUCUUGCUCUUCAAGUAAAUGGAUUCAUAUCAAUGGGAAUGAAACAGAUGUUGAGAAUUCUGAGGUGACUGUCACAUCAGAAACUGAAGAAAGUAAAGACAACACGAUGAAAGUAUUUUCUGAUGAUAGUUUUCUGCUCGUAAAAGACAACAUAAAGGGCUCUUCUUCCCAAGAAGGUAUUGCAGAGAAAGACAUUCAGGACAGAGAAAUGUGGAAAGAUAAACAAGCAGAAAAAGGAAAGGAUUCCGUUCACAUGAACAUGACUGAAGCAUCAAGUGUUAAGACUGAGGACAAAGGUCAAAAGAAUAAGAUAUUAGAAGGCUCCUCCUGCUUAAGUGAGAAAACGAUGAAAAAUAACUUGAUUGAUCCUCAUGUAAAGAUUAAAAAGGAUACUGAGGCAAUCUCUUUGAGAAACAUUGCUUCUAAUCAGCUUAACAAAAGAAAGAAGGAGGAGGGAAAAGGUAGUCAUGACUCUCAGUGUGACUCCUCAUUACAUUCAGAAAUAGCCUGUGACUCCAAACCAGGCAUUACAGGAAGGAAUCAUAUGCCUCAUCUGCGUGCCCACUCUGAACCCUCCAAAGUCUCUCCUCCUCCUCCGAAGAAGUCUACGUCAUAUAUGAAUGAAUUCAAAGAAAAACAUUGUUCAAGUAAUAAUUUGGCUCCUAUAGUUAAGCUCACUCAAAUUUUGAGGAGAGCAAAUGAAACGUCAUCUGUACAGAUUCUGCAGGAAGAAACUGAAGUUUGUCUAAAUAUUCUGCCAUUGUUUGUUGAAGCUUUUGAAAGAAAACAAAAAUGUUCAUUUAAACAAAUCUUGAUUUUAAGAGACCUAUUAGUAGAAGAAAACCUGUGGAGUAACUGCAGACACAGAUUAAAACCAUGUGCUGUUGAUUCCUUGGUAGAACUCCAAAUGAUGAUGGAAACUAUUCAGUUCAUUGAAAACAAAAAAAGGCUCCUAAGAGGUGAACAAACAUUCCGGAGCUUGCUCUGGUAUGAUGAGACACUGUACAGUGAGCUACUUGGCAGACCACGUGGAUUUCAGCAACAAUCCAAUUUCUAUCCGGCUUUUCAAGGCAGAUUAAAAUAUAAUGCCUUCUCCGAGCUGCAAAACUAUCAUGAUCAAUUAAUUGAACUGGCUGAAGAAAGCAAAAGGGAAAAUAAUUCAUACUACACAUACUUAAAAUACAAGCGACAGAUUGAUGAGUGUGAAGCAGUAAUGAAGCAGUGUUCAGAUUGCUUUGACUUUUCUCUUUCUGUGCCAUUUACCUGUGGAGUUAACUUUGGAGAUAGUUUAGGAGACCUAGAAACCUUGAGGAAAAGCACAUUAAGCCUGAUCAGUAUGUAUGGGGACUGUCCCCAAAAUGAUUCCUGUCCAGGAAAACAAGACCAUCUGUGGAUUAUCAUGGAAAUGAUCUCCUCAAAAGUUAAUUUUAUCAAGAGUAAUGAGGCAGUAAAUAUUAAAAUAGCUCUUUAUGGUCUGGAACAUAUCUUUUUUGAUGCUUCAAAAAGUCUUGUUUGGAAAGAAAAGAGACAGUCUUGCUGCAAAAAAUACUCCGAACAGAACAAAGAAAUGCUACUUAGAAUGAAUCAAUGUGCUGUUUCUAAGUUGCAGAAGAUAUAUGAUACAUUGUCCAAAGAUUUAAGCAGUGAACAAAUUUCCACUAUUGGACUUGAGGAGGAUUCAGUGAUUGCGUCCAGAAAGUCAAAUGCUGUAGUAAACAAAGCAAUAAUUAGUGUAGAAAACUCUAGGCUUAACGGUACUUUGCUUUCACAUCCAGAUAUCUGUUGUGUUAGUGAAAUAUUGGAUCAAGCUGAAUUUGCAGAUGUGAAAAAAUUACAGGAACUCACUUUGAGAUGUACCGAUGACUUAGAAAUUUUAAAAAAAUGUUUUCAGUUCCUGCAAGAAGACAGCAUAGAUAGUAUUUUUAUCACCGAAGAAAAUAGUUUGAACAUGAUGAAAAACUACAGCCAUAAGGCAGUAAUUUUAAAACCUGCAGCCGUUGAAACCUAUAUUGAAAUCGUCAUGCUCUCAGAAACAAUUCAGUUUCUUAAAAACUCAGUGGCGAAGAAACUAGACAGGCAGCGGUUUCGAAGUCUGCUUUGGUUUGAUUUGUCACUUCUCCCUGAACUGGUUCACUGCCAAGAAAAAAUGACUUCUUUCUCAUUUCUAAAAGGUAAUCCAGCAGACUGUCUUGGGAAGGUGAUAGAGACUGCUAUUUCUGAGCUUAAGAAAGAUCUGGAUAUUAUCUACAAAUACAAUGAAGCUGUUAAUGGCUCCUAUGCUCUUCGUUUGCUGUCAAGAGAACUUGAAGAACUUUCAGAAAUAAAAAAACUUAUUGAGGAAUCGAAGUAUUCCGUUUCCACAUACAUCAACUUUGUGCCAUGUAUAGCAUCCAUAAAUUAUGGAAGCACUGUGACAGAAUUAGAAUACAACUACAGUCAGUUUUCCACACUGCUUGGAAGUAUAACAGCCACCCCUCGGAAGGAUUUAGGGAAAAUGGUCCAUAUUGUGAAAAUCAUGAAAACGAUUGAACAUAUGAAGAUAAUAUGUGUUAAAAAUGCUCAGUUAACCGUUUCCUUUAUCCUAUGCCAAAUGCUGCACAACAGAAAGAAGACUUUGCAACCAAAGAGAAAGAAAAAUGCGAAUAUUCAUGUAAAACGUAGGAAGAGAAUCAAAAAGUCCAGUACCUGUAGGAAGGUGCCUUUAGUUUCAGAGUACAUAAUUAAAAAUGUUUCAAAUUCCUCUAAAAAGCGACCUAUCACUGUAGACACAUGUGGAGACUCUGAGGAACAAGAGAAAAGUACUGCUGUUUCCAGUUGUAAAAAACAAAAGGUUAGCAUGAAACAUGUCACAGAAAUCAAAAGCGAAAAGUCAACAUUCAAGCAUGCAAGGACUAUGAGAUCUCACUCUGAAAGUGAAAAUGAAAUAGAACCAGAUUCAUCUGACAGUCUGAAAAGAAGCCACAUCUCUCCUAAACAAGUUGAAACUCAAAGAUCACUACCUUUAAUGAACCUGAAAGACUCAGAAGACGAAACAGAUUUAACUGAUACUUCAUUUGCUACUUCAGAAGGUUUCACCAGACAACAAGGGAACAUAAGUAGCACAAAGAAAAGAAAUAUAAAUUUUAGUGCUGCUGAAACAAAAAGUGAGAAGAAAAAUUGUUCUUUGGCAAUUUUUGACCAGAAAAGUGUAGAUGGCACAGUUUCAAAAGACCAGGAGAUGCCUCCACAGAAAUUUCUUAAAAAUCUUUCAGAUACUACAGAGAAAUCCUGUCCCUCAGACAUAAAACCAGGAACUGAUGCUUCUCUUUUGCUGAAUGCAUCAGAACCUAUUUUCCGUUUUGUGAGUGAUAGCCAUGCCAAUUUAGAAAUGAAUGACACUGACUUUGAACUUCAAGAUAAUGAAAUAUUAAAUUCAUCCAUUAAUUCUACAUGCACCAGUUCUCCAGAACCCAUGCAUAUCCAGAACAAAAUUCCUGUUGUGCAAAUAAAUAAAGCACGACCUGCAAAGACUGAGUCAAAAGAAAAAUACAUGAAGGACACAUUGAAUUUCAAUACUAUACCUGUAGAAGCCUCUGAGAACAUCACCCUUAGUGUGAAUCAAACAGUAGAAUACUCUUUGUCUGAACAGCAGAAUUCAAAAGUCUUAACUCAGAAUGCUGCCACAUACUUGAAUGAAAUUCCACAGUCCAUGUGUACCCCAGAGUAUGACUUUGUUUCCGGGUACUCAUUUGAAACUUCAUAUCCUUACUAUUCUUGGUGUGUUUAUCGUUACAGCAGCAGCAAUGACAGUUCCAUCACCCAGACAUACCAAGGAAUAACAUCCUAUGAAGUACAGCCACCUCCUUCUGGGAUAUUGACUGCAGCUACAAGUAAUAGUCAGAAUACCCAUUCUCAUCUUUUGUGCUCUCAAUAUUUUGAAUACUUUGCUGGGGAACCACAAGCAAAUGACUUUAUGCCAGUGAGUGACUAUUUUCCACCUCAAAUGCCUGUUUAUAAUUUUCAGCAGCCAGUUUUUUCACAGUAUACUCCCCAUCAACUAUUCACUGCAUACCCUUGCUCUCCUGAUUCUGGUGCACUUCUAGAAGUUCCUUGGACUUAUGAUCCUUGCCAUCAAGAACCCUUUCAGCCAGGACAUUGAGAAUUGUCAUCUGUCUACUGAAAGAAAUAAAGGGGGUUUAACAAGUUUUAUCCAAGUAUUUUUUUACUUAUGUAUUUUUUAUUUUUAACAUUUAAAAAUAUGUCAAUUAGUAAGAAAUUAUAAAUGUUACAACUUUGAUAAAACAUUUAAAUGCAACAGUAUAUCAUAUAGCAAUAGGAAGUCAACUUCUGACAUCUAAAAUGCCAAAAUAAUUUCCAUGCAUUUAUUUUUGUGAACUCCGUACUAGGCUAUUUUCAGUACGCACCUAACCUUCAGAACCAAUAACAAUAUUGUAAAAUUUAUUUUUUGAAAUGUUGCUGUUGGAGUUGUUACAAUUAUAUAAAGAUUCUCUUUGGGAUUAUUCUAAUGGAAUAAGGAAAGUAAAUGUAACAUUUAAUAUGAUUAAGGGUAAACAGUAGUAAUUCUUGAAAACAAGUUUUUUGUCUCCGAUAUUUUUUGAUACAAAUUUAUGGUAGUGUUGUGCCAUCCGACUUAAGGAUUUUUUUUUUUUACUUAGAUCGGUCAUUAGACUAAUAAUUUUAUAAUUUUUGAAACUUUAUAUAAUUUACCAGUCUGUGUCUAAUAUGACAAAUACCUUUAAUUUCAAUAUUUUCUAAUUUUAACUGGCAAAGUGUAUUUUAACAGAGAACUAGUUUUGCAUAUUUUCAAUGUUUGUCCUUGAGUAGAGACUUUAAAAAUUUCUAUGUUUGAAGCAGUUUUAGAUUAUGAUAUUGAAAUUUAAAGCACAUUAACACCUUUUUCCAGAAGAGCCCUUUCUACCAGAUUCUUUUUUAUUUGUAUUUUACAAUUGAAAUGGCUCUUCUAGUGACUUUAUAGCAAAUAAUGGGAAUAAUGUCUUUAGCUUGUGGCAUUAGUUGAGUUAUAUUUCAGUAGUUAAAUAAUGCAACACAAAUACAAGUUUUUUAAUGGUGUGAUCAAAGAUUUUUUUUCCUUUUCAACAUUCCACCAAAGUAAAAAGUAUCUGAGUAAUAAUCAUUGUUAAACAACAGGGCUUAGUGUGUUCAGCAAGUGCUCUGCCAACCAACAACCAUUCCCUGUUUCUGUAAGAUCCAAAUCUGAAAGAUCCCUCACAACUGAAUAUACUUUGCCGAGUCUGAAAGUCAAAGUGUUAGUCGCCCAGUUGCAUCCUACCAGGCUACUGUCUGGAAUUCACCAGGCAAGAAUACUUGCAGUGGGUAGCCAUUCAAUUCUCCAGGGGCUCUUCCCCACCCAGGGAUCAAACCCAGGUCUCCCACAUUGUGGGCAGAUUCUUUAUGAUCUGAGCCACCAGGGAAGCCCCUUCCCAAGUCUAGUGGGCCCUGAAAUGUGGUAAAGAGAUUCGCAUUGGCUAAAUCUAAAUAACUAGCAAAGCUAAAGUAUUUUUGCAACUUUUUUUUUCCCGCAACCUUUUUAUUUUAGCUGACUUUUUAUGUUAUCUAGCAUAGGUAUCCAAAGAGAGUUUGAUUCAGUCAAAUUUAUUGUAGAGUAGCUAAUUUUUCAAUUUAGAAAAACACUAAGAUCUUCCAGGGUAAGUCUUAUAGUCACAUUAACCAAAUAAGGUGGAAUUCAGAGUAUUUUAGGGUUCUUCUUUAACAAAUAGAUUUUAAAAGGGGAAAGUCAAGCAAAGAACUGCAACUGAAACAGGAAUUAGAAAAAUACUCUAGAAUUAAAGCAGUACAAAAAUAACAUAAAUGUUUUGCCCAGAUAAUUAUUUGGGAGAAUUAUUUGUUUAAUGUUUGGUUAGAGAAAGAUGUUGCAGAUUUAUUACUAAAAUUUUUUUCUGUUAGGUUAAUCAAAAAUUCAGUAUUCUGAUUAAAGAUGCUUUCUUUAAACAACUUGCAGAUUUUGCUGAAUACUGGCUUUGUGAUAUUUUUAUUUCGUGAGUUUUAAUUUCUUGCAAAAAGGGUAAUAAAAAAAACCUUAUAAAUAUUGAGUUACAUUUUAAAACCUGCACUUUGAAACAGAACAUGAAAAAAUAGAGCAUUUUUUCCCCUAAGUUUGUGUUUUGGCUCUAAAAAUAGAAACAAAACAAAUUAAAAUUUGAGCAAGCAUUAUUAACAAAAAACUGCUUAUCUAUAAAUAUUAUUGUCUUGGAACUUGAAGAAUUAUAUGAAUAAACUGAAUUCCUUCUA